AUGCGUUCCGAGUCGUCUAUGAGGGCUGAGGGUGAAGGUGAUGGCGAGUCAAGCAAGGAAGUAACCAGCCCACCUGACCGACUCGGCCGCGCUCUUCUCGUGGAAGGCCCCUCCAUGGCUGACUUAACGGACGAGGACUGGGACAUCAUCUGCGCCUACGAGGAGAUUGUCUUUGCGCGUACCACCCCCGAACAAAAACUGCGCAUCGUCACCGAGCUACGCACUCGUCACAACGUCGUAGCCGUUACGGGCGACGGCGUCAACGACGCCCCCGCUCUCCGCGCCGCAGACGUGGGUGUCGCCGUCGUCACGGGGAGCGACGUCGCCAUCGACGCAGCCGACCUCGUCCUCCUCGACAAGUUCGACUCCAUCGUCGACGCCAUCCGCCUCGGCCGUCUCGUGUUCCAGAACCUACAAAGCGCGUUCCUCAUGAUCAUCAUCUGCGUCUUCACCGACCUCUUCCUCAGUCUUUCGCUCAUCAUGGAGCGCGAGGAGUUCAAUCUUAUGAGCCAGCCCCCGCGGGAUCACCGCCGCAACCACCUGAUCAAUCUCAAAAUAUACGCUCAGGCUUACCUGUUUGUCGGGUUCAUGGAGACGAUCACAGCGCAUUCCAUGUUCUUCUUGUACAUGUAUAAAUAUGCCGGUAUGCCCAUCUCCGAGCUCUUCUUCCUGUUCGAGAACUACAAGGAAGGCUACCGUGGUUACACUUUGGCCGAGUUGAAUCACUUUAACGCUACUGGGCAGUGUGUAUACUUUGUCACUCUCGUCUUUCUCCAGCUCGGUAACGUCUUGGCUAUGCGCAACCGUAGAGUUAGCAUCGUCGAGGCCGAUCCGUUUCGCAGGAAGAGGCGUAAUCCCUGGCUCAUCCUUAGCAUGUGCACAAGUAUCGCCAUUGCCGUAUUUGUGACCGAAGUCCCGGGGAUUCAGAAUCUUUUGGCACCGCAUCGGUUCCUGCCGACUUCGGACGUCGACGUGAUGAUGGUGCUGUCCAACGAGGCGCAUGCCCGCCGACUCGCCUCAGGCACCCCCAUGACCGUGUACGACCCGUCUCUUGCCACCUACGAGGGCGGCUACGUUGACGGAAACGAACCCGCCCGUUACGCAUUCGAGGGCGUGCAGGUUCUCUACGGCGGCGCCGAGGGCCUCGAGGAUGCGCUAAAGGCCGCCGCCACGUACCCCGUUUCCCAAAAGCUCGAUAAGAUCCAGACGUUCCGGGCGCAGUUCGAGGCGUGGAAAUGGUUCACCACCGAGGCGAUAAAGAAGAAGAAUCGCUACUUGCUCAUGGUAGCGGUGACCAAGCUUGUGCUGUUUGGGACGCGUCUCGUCCUCGCCCACAACGAGGCGCUGUAUCCAUAUCACAAGUGGAUGUUCAAGGUGCUAGAGGGUGUCAAGAACAAGCCCGAGGGUAUGGUGAAGGCUGCAGAGAGGGUUUGCGAGGACCCUUCGGAGGAACACAUCCAGACGUUUUAUGACUUGGUGAAGAACUUUAGAGAGUGGGAGGAAAGCCCGCGAGGGUGGCCAACGACGUUUUUGGAGGACGUAGAAUUGACAUGGCAGAGAGGGUUUACGUGCGUGGAUGAUGUCUGA